AUGGUGAACAAAAGACACACUGCGCAUGAGUCCCAACCUUCAACUCCUGCAUCGAAAGCCAUUGAGCCAUUGCCCGGGCGAUCUCGGUGGUCGGAAUGGGCUCUCCACAACUCGGGACUGUACUACUAUCGAGCUCGAUAUAUCUCAUUCGAGGACAUCUCAUCAAUACCGCCAACUGGGAGAAAUUCGAUUGUGCCGAAUGUUCAAGGCGGAUACAUUCAUUACCAAUCCAUGAGUGUCAAUGAGGCGACCAGUCAAGGGUCCAGUCAAGCUCCAGAGCUAUCAACUUGCUCUACCGUGACAACACCAACAACCAGUGAUCCUCCAGUCUCUACACAAGAAGUGUACGGUCAGCAGAAUGAUCAACUUGUCGUUUCAACAAAGACGACCGAGGAUAGCAUGUUGAUGAGCGGAGCGCUGCAAGCAGAAGCAGACACUACAGAAACUGUCGUAGUGAUAUCGAAUUCCAAUGCACCAAAGCGGAAAUCAACUACAUCAAAGAAACAGAAGGAGAAGAAGAAGCAUGGAAAGAAGUUGGAUGUGGAUAAGAGGAAGCAAGGAAAUAGUAGCACUGUGCUUUUCCUGCCCAGAUCACGUACUUUACACAGUGUCAAACGAAACUCUUGCGGGCUCGGAUCAACUCUUCUCCACUUCUCCAACAUCCCUCACCACCAAGCCUCGCCAUUUUUCACGAUAUACCAAGCUCCAGCUCAGCCUCGGCCUUGUGUACACGCGACAACACGAAAAUCACACCCAACCACAAACAUGACUUCCACAAUCGGUAUUCCUAUUAAGCUCCUGAAUGAGGCGCAGGGCCAUAUUGUGACGCUCGAAAUCACUUCCGGUCAGACUUACCGUGGCAAGCUUCUUGACGCUGAGGACAACAUGAACGUUCAACUAAAGGACAUCACCGUCACCGCUCGCGACGGCCGCGUUUCCCAUCUCGACCAAGUUUACAUCCGUGGCUCACACGUACGCUUCUUCAUCGUUCCCGACAUGCUUCGCAAUGCCCCUAUGUUCCGCAGCCGUAACGUACGUGGUCGUGGUGUCGGUCUUGCCAGAGGUCGCGCGACGGUCAGCCGAGCGCGCGCAGGCGGACGAGGAGGACGAUAAACAAGACAUAAUAGAAAUAUGCGAGUUUUUGGCGUUCGGGCUUGGAAUUUUACAAUGGGCAUGCCUCGAUUUUGGGAAAAUGAGUGGAACAGGCUUAGGUUGAUACCAGUCUAGAAGGGGGAUAUGCCUUGUGAGGCUUGCAAGACCUCACAGUAGAGGGUGGUAUUUUGAGAUUGACUAGAUUACAAAAAUGAAGGCGUGUCUUA